UGGGUGUGACGUUAUCCGCCUGCACUUUGCCCCAGUCACACCCACUCUCUCUGUCCUCGCUGAUACUCCGGGAGACAACCUGCCUGGAAGAUGUCUCGGGCUGCGGAAAGACUCAGACUGCUGAUCAAUCAUCUCGAUCGACCACCCGCCACGAUCACAGCUCCGCCGACUUCAGCUCAAGCCUUCAGCUACGGUCCUCCUCAGAGACUGAGAUACACCGACGAUACAGACUUGCUGUCCCCAGACCAGCGACUCUUCUAUGAGAAAAAUGGUUUCAUCCUCAUCAAGAAUCUGGUGUCUGAUGAGGACAUCGACAGGUUCAGGCAGGAGUUUGAACGGAUCUGUCGACGGGAAGUCAAGAUUCCAGGAAUGGUGGUGAUGAGGGACGUGGCAAUCGUUAAGUCAGAGUUUGUCCCGGAUCAAAAAGCGGUCUCCAAACUCCAGGACUUCCAAGAAGAUCCUGAAUUGUUCCGGUAUUGCUCCUUACCACAGAUACUAAAGUAUGUCGAGUGCUUCACCGGACCGAACAUUAUGGCCAUGCACACAAUGCUGAUCAACAAACCUCCAGAUGCAGGUAAGAAGACGUCUCGUCACCCGAUGCAUCAGGAUCUGCACUACUUCCCCUUCCGCCCGGCCGACCGGAUCGUCUGCUCGUGGACCGCAAUGGAGAGGGUGGACAGGAAGAACGGCUGCCUGGUCGUCCUGCCGGAAACGCACACCAGCACUCUGCGCGAGCACGACUACCCGCGGUGGGAGGGUGGCGUGAACAAGAUGUACCACGGAGUGCGCGACUACGACCCGACCCUCCCCAGGGUCCACCUGGAGAUGGAGAAGGGCGACACCGUCUUCUUCCACCCGCUGCUGAUUCACGGCUCGGGCAUGAACCAGACUAAGGGCUUCCGCAAGGCCAUAUCCUGCCACUACGCCAGUGCUGACUGCUAUUACAUCGACGUGAAAGGGACCACGCAGGAAAACAUUGAGAAGGAAGUGAAGGAAAUCGCUACCAAGAAGUAUGACUUGGACGACGAAAUUACCUUCAAGGACACCUGGGCUUUCAAAGCCCGCCUGGUGCAAGGAGAGAGGACCUCCCUGUGAAAGUGACACACAAAUAAAGCACCACGUCGUGGCAGCGUGACCGAUCACAGUCCAACACGCAACAUGCAACAGGGCACGUUGGUAUGGAGCCAAAUCCAGGUCAAAAGUUUUGUUCAUUUGAAAAACAAAUGUGAACCUGAAAGUUUUGUUGUUGAAAAAUACAGCAAUGCAUUUUGAAUACAUUGCUGUAUUUUUCAAUGUUCAACAACAAAACUUAAACUUUCAGGUUCACAUUUUUUUUUCAAAUGAACAAAACUUUUGACCUGAAUUUGGCUUCAUACGUUGGCCCUUGCUAACCAUGCAAUUCCUAAUUUGCUUUUUUUCACUUGUUUAUUUAAUUGAGACCUUGGAGUUUGUGAUUGUCGUAACAUUUUGGGAAUUUAAUCUGUGUUAUUCUUAAAGACGGCAUAAAAGUGUAAAAUUAUUUUUCAAUUGAAAAUGUCAGGUUACCUCAGAGUAAAUCAAUACAAAGUCCUGCAGAAUGAGGCGUUGCUGCUACAGGCUGUGUAGCGUUUCCCAGCACAACGUGUCAUUUAAUUCACCAGAACCUCCCCGGAAAGAGAAGUCCACCAUGAUUGACAGUAAGCGGAUCGUGAGCGUCAGAGAGGUAGAGCGAGCUUGAGAGACGAAUAAAGCAGAGUGAAAAAGAGAAAGAAUUAUGAAGUCUGUAUUUAACCAUAAAUGUACAACUGAAUCAACACAAAUGGAGGCCUGGACUCAACUGCUGCCUUAUAAACGUAUCAACAAUGUCCGGGUGUCCUUUUGAUGGCGAGUGUUUGUUUCCUACAUUCUUGCUGUUGCGAAUGUCAUUCUUAAUAACAUUAAUAAUAAAUAUGAAAUCUAUUUUAAUGAUA